AUGCGGGGUACCACGGCAGCUGCGGUGCCCUUGCGGCGGCUGCAAGCCUCGGCCAGCUGCGCCCGUCGUGCCAACCCGAACCAAGCCCGGCGCGCCGUCCAGACCCUCUGCGGCGGCGGGCGCUCAGCGUCGUCCUCUACGCCGCUGCCGCUGCCACUGCCGCGACGAGGCACGGCCAAGACUCACGCGAGACAUUCGGCAGCGCGCCUAGGCCGGCAGGGUGGCGCGUUUGUGCCGCUCCGGUCCCUUGCCACAGCGGCCGACGCCAAAGCCGACGAUGGCGGCGGCGGGCCGCUGGCAGAGUACGAUCGCCGCGUCGAGGCGGGUGAGCUGCGCAACGACAGUCACCAGAGAGGAAUCAUCGAAAGCUUGCAGCAUCUCUACGCCGAACUGCGCGACUACCACGCGCCGCCCGUCGUGCACCCGAGCCUCGAGUCGCUGCAGCCAAAAAGAUCGGUCCUCUCGUCCUUGUUCGGAGGCGGCUCGAAAAGGGGAGAGGCCGCCAUCGGGAAGAUCCCAGACAACCUACCCCGCGGACUGUACCUCUUUGGCGACGUUGGCAGCGGAAAGACGAUGCUGAUGAACCUCUUUCACGACACGCUACCACCCUCGGUCAAGAGCAAGACGAGAAUUCACUUCCACAACUUCAUGCAAGAUGUACAUAAGCGAUUACACAAGAUCAAGCUGGAUCACGGCACUUCUAUCGACGCGGUUCCCUUUGUGGCAGCAGAUAUUGCUGAUAAGGGAAAUGUCCUGUGUUUUGACGAGUUCCAAUGCACCGAUGUCGCAGACGCAAUGAUCCUGCGAAGACUGCUGGAGGCUUUAAUGUCACAUGGCGUCGUCAUGGUUACGACUUCAAAUAGACAACCCGAUGAGCUAUACAAAAACGGCAUCCAAAGGGAAUCAUUCAUCCCGGCCAUUAAGCUUCUCAAGACCCGACUGCACGUCAUCAAUCUAGACUCACCGACCGACUACCGCAAGAUUCCCCGGCCGGCCUCCGGAGUGUACCACACGCCGUUGGACAAGCACGCCAACUCGCACGCCGAGAAAUGGUUCCGCUUCCUCGGCGACACGGAGCACUUUGCACCGCACCCGGAGACGCAAAAGGUCUGGGGGCGCGAGAUUUACGUCCCCCGCGUCAGCGGCCGCUGCGCCUGGUUCACUUUUGACGAGCUGAUCCGGCAGCCCAAGUCGGCCGCCGACUACCUCGAGCUGGUGCGCUGCUACGACGCCUUCAUCGUGACCGACGUGCCGGGCAUGACGAUUCGCGAGCGCGACCUCGCGCGGCGCUUCAUCACCUUCAUCGACGCCGUAUACGAGGGCAACGCCAAGCUGGUGCUCACCACGGAAAAGGCCCUGGGCGAGCUCUUUGUGUCGCGUGACGAGAUUGCCGAGAACCUGCUCGCGUCCUCCGCCACGGCGGCGGCGCCCUCCUCGACGGCGGGCGGCGCCGCCAAGCCUGCCGACAACGUGGACGCCGUCAUGGAGGAGAUGAUGGCCGACGUCGACGGCAGCGUCGAGAAGCUCAAGUCGUCGAACCUCUUCUCGGGUGAGGAGGAGGCAUUUGCGUUUGCGCGCGCCCUCAGCCGGCUCAGCCACAUGGAGAGCAAGGAAUGGGUCGAGCGCGGCAUGGGCCUGGAGAGCAAAGGCGGCAAGGAGGACAAGGAUAACUGGACACGCACGCGGAGUCGGCAAAUGGAAGACUCCAUGUAA